AUGUCAUUCACGAUCGAUGAAAUAAAGACGAUAGUAAAGCAAGUUUUACAUGAUAGACUUGGCGAAAAGCAAUUUAACUAUGACUAUACGCGUCAGUGGAAUACUGAUAUUUUAACGGAAAUUUUACGUCGACUUGAACAAAUUCAAGAUAGAAAUCUUAAUCAACAAAUGAAAUAUGUUGUAACAGUUUUAAUAGGUGAAAAAACAAAAGAAAUGAAACUUGGUUUGCAUACAGCUCUCUCUUGUUUAUGGGACGGAACAACAGAUGGAUGUGUUACAGUUAAAUGGGAAAAUAAAAGUAUUUUUUCGAUUAUCAAUGUUUUUGGUUUGGCUGUUUAG